AUGGGUGGUAAUGUCUCUACUACUUUUGAACAAGAACUUGAAGGAAAAAUUGUCCCAGCCAAUGGAAGAGUCGAAUUUAUUGUUAAAUUUAACCAGUUUUAUGUUUGUAUUGUAGAAACAAAAAGAGAAAGUUUUGAUCAAGGGAGAGCUCAAGCUUAUAUAUCAAUGGAAACUGCGUUGGAUAUUAAUGCUGGCAAGCAAAAAGUCAUGUACGGAAUUAUUACAAAUGCAAGUGAUUGGGUAUUUUUACGACUAACAGAUCAUGGUAUUGGAGAGUCUGAAAUUUAUCAUAUAAACAGCAUAAAAUCAGUUGAUGGAAAGUAUUAUUACCCUGUAAGAGCUGAUGUUGUCAAUAUAUUGGAAAUUCACUCUUAA